AUGGGGAAAACCGCUUCGAGGCGAGGCUUUGAAGUGACAACUGACAAGUCCCUUCGUCUUCCUUCGCCGCCUCCUCGGGGCCAAUCCCGGCCCACCCGUUUGUUUCUGCCACUUCACCCUCCCCGCCGCUCCGUACUAGCUCUCUCGCGCCGUCGAAACCCCAGCUCUUCCACCCCUGCGUCUUCCUCUUCGAAGAGAAAUAAGAAAGUCUUGCCUCGUAAUGAUGCUUUAGAAGACGACGUUAUAGACGAGGAUGCCUUUGACGCACUCUUUAGCCAACUGGAGGAAGAUUUAAAGAAUGAUGGGCUAUCCCUAGAUGACGAGGAUGAUGAGAUAAGUGAAGAAGACCUUGCCAGGUUUGAACAAGAAUUAGCGGAGGUACUAGGAGAUGAUGAUGUAGAAAUGGCGAUUUCAGCUGCGGAUGACACUGAAAGUGAUAAUGAUGCUGAAGAAGAUGACGAUGAAGAAUACGAAAGGCCGGCGAAGCUUAAAAAUUGGCAACUUCGAAGAUUGGCUGCAGCUUUGAAAGCUGGCCGUCGAAAAACUAGCAUAAAAACUCUUGCUGCUGAGCUUUGUCUUGAUAGGGCUGUGGUUCUUGAAUUGCUUCGUGACCCUCCUGCAAAUCUUUUAAUGAUGAGUGCCGCUUUACCUGAUAAACCGGCACCGAUAGUAUCAGUAGCAGUGCCUGAAAAUAAGCCCGCACCCACAGAAAUUCCUAGCGAAACAAGUGCGGAUGCAGCAGAACCUAAGACCAAGGGGCAACUGCCUGUCCAUGUCAUGCAACAGACAUGGAAUGCUCAAAAGAGACUGAAAAAAGUGCACGUUGAAACCCUUGAAAGAGUUUAUAGGAGAACAAAACGCCCUACUAACUCAAUGAUUAGUAGCAUAGUGCAUGUGACAAAUCUACCCAGAAAAAGAGUUGUGAAAUGGUUUGAAGACAAACGUGCUGAAGAUGGAGUCCCUGACCAUCGCAUUCCAUACCAACGGCACCGCUACGAACGACGUUCAUGGUAAAUUGCAAGCGCUUCCCCAAAACCGAGACCAGCAUUGUCUGCCAGCGCAUUUUGUGGUCCCGAUUCGUUGCAUUACGCUUCCAACUUCUUUCCCAUCCGUCGGAUCCAUCCUCCACCCAACGGCCUGUAAACUUCCACGGCU